GGAGCCGCAUGUACUCUUUUUAUAAUCAGUUGACAUCCAUAAUCCUCCUGAUGAGAGAGAGAGAGAGACGGCACGAACUAGAGAAGCACAUGGCAUCCAGGAUCGACGUCAGUGACUUAAUCAUUGCAAAGCCAGCAUUCAUAAAUGAACCGGUCAUUCAUACAAGCUCCCCCGGGGUCGUAUAGUCAAGCAUAGAGGCGUAGGCUCUGAAGGGCAGACGCUUCUGCUGAAGUGAUCUUCAUGAAAUCCAGCUAGAACCUCUUUUCGGCAGGUCCCUAAUAAGUUCUUGGGGGUGCCUGGGGUCGUGGGUGGGGCCCGGGCCCUUCUCCUCCCACCUCUCCCGCAGUGAGGCUCACCUCAUUCAGUGCGUCUACCCAGAGGAUUGCAGAUAUCAUUAGUUCUUUCACGCGCAAACCAUACACAGCUGGUGCAUCUUCUCGCGCCGCGUGUCAGGGAAGAGAGAGAGAGAACCUCCUCAGAAGACGACGACUCGGUUGGACUCUUUCUUGUUGGAUACAUCUUUUGGUGGUUGACGGUGGAACUUCUCCGCCAUGGCCGCUUGUCAGAUACCAGCGAGGGUGUCGGUUGGGAUGUUGGUAGCUACAGGUGUCAUGGUUCUGUAUAUGCUGCGAGUGAACCUCUCUGUAGCCAUUGUGGCCAUGGUUCGGACCCCGACAACUUCAACGCUUAACAAUUCCCCGGAAAUUAAGCGGUCCUAUUGUCAAAAGCUUGACGUGGUAGAAUCGUCUUCCGUAAACAUUUCUUUCGAUGGUUAUGAAUUACUACAAAACAAUAUAACACAAGUCGAUAAUCCGACUUACGAGGAGGAUGCAUUGGCAGAACAGACAGACCAGCUACUGUUGACAGGCCCCCAAAAAGGGAUGGUCCUCGGGGGAUUCUUCUACGGGUACGUCAUCACGAGUAUCCCAGGCGGACGCUUGGCCGAGCUGUACGGAACGAAGAUCGUAUUUGGAGGAUCCAUCCUUUUGAGCGGUAUUCUGACACUCUUCACGCCCGUAGCUGCUAGGUUCAGUUACGUCGCUCUCAUCCUGAUCAGAAUACUGAUUGGCAUUGCACAGGGCGUCGUCUACCCGUCAAUGCACGUUCUGGUUGCUAGAUGGAUACCGCCUUUGGAAAGACCAAGAUUCAUCUCCAUUACCUACAUGGGCAACUGUCUGGGCACAAUAAUAACCUUGCCGAUGUGUGGCGUGAUCAUCGACUCCUUGGGGUGGGAGGCGGUGUUCUAUAUCUGCGGGGCCAUUGCCAUCGUCUGGAUUGCAUUUUGGUGUCUCCUCAUGUUCGAUUCGCCGAGCAACCACCCAAGGAUUUCGGAAAAGGAGAGGGAGUAUAUCCUGGAAUCUAUAUCAGAUGGAACUACAAAGCAGAAGCCUAAUCAGACGCCCUGGUGUGCAUUCAUGACUAGUCUACCACUGUGGGCUAUAAACAUGGCCCACGUGGGUGGCAUGUUCUGUUUCACGUUGCUCCUCACACAACUGCCGACGUAUAUGGACAGCGUUCUUGGAUUCUCCAUCAGGAAUAAUGGGCUACUUUCUUCUCUGCCAUUUUUGGCCCAAUUCCUGGGUAGUACAACCUGUGGCUGCGUCGGAGACUACCUCCUCACUCGCAACUACAUCACAAGAUCGACCUCACGAAGGAUUUUUGCUACAGUCUCUCUCGUCCUCCCUGCAAUUAUCCUCGUUGCUGUGGGCUACGUGGGAUGCAAUAUCACUUGGGCUGUUGUUUUGUUCCCCGUCAGCGCGGGAUGUCUGGGCGCCUUUGGAGCGGGCCACUUGGCCAACCAUUUGGACCUGGCUCCGAAUUUCGCUGGUACUCUGCUAGGUUUGUCUAAUACCAUCGCAUUCAGUAUUAGUAUGCUGGCGCCGAUUAUUGUGGGAGCAAUGACACCUGACCAGAGUCUUCAACAGUGGCAGUAUGUCUUUUGGUUAAAUGGAGUGAUAUGCAUUGCUUGUUUGGUAUUCUUCAUGAUAUUUGCCAAGUUUGAGAUUCAGCCAUGGAAUUACUGCAUGGAAGAAAAGAUAGAAAAGUUAGCAAAAGAAGAAGAGAAAAAGUCUUUCUUAGGUUUGCCAUUCCGGCCAAAUACCCUGGGUAAGAAACGUGAGCGUGAGACAGAGGGUGGUGUGGGGGAUGCUGAAGAACAUUACUGAAAUGACCAAAGCACGUACAGCUUUACCAGCUGAAUCUGUCCUGUUUAAAUUACAUACACCUCUUGCAACCCAAUUUAGUUGAUUUGGGUCUUUGUAAGAGGUAUGAACUUCGAGAUAUAAUCUAAAAUUCCUUCCGGCAUCAAGACAGACAACAGAAGUCACCUGAGCAUCAAGGUAUGAAGGAAGUAGGAGUAUUCAUCUUUGCAUCUAAUCCAUUGUAAUGUGAAUGUAGUGCUGUAGUGUCGCAGGUGAUAUGUUGUAAAGGGAAAUUGCCAUAAUUAUUAUUUAAUGGGGUUUUAGGUCCAUAAGACUAGCUAUAGUAUUUAUAACUGCACUGCAGGUUUUGGAGUAUUUCAUAGCACUUUUGUGUGUGUGUUUUUUUUUAAUAGUCGUAUAUUUAUAAAAUUGAUUCGUUUUCUACUCAUUACAAUAAUCAGUGGAGUGUGUAUUUGAUCGUAGUGUAUUUAACAUGUUUGAGAACUUUUUUUCUGUAUGCAAGGUUAGUGUGUUGUAUUUUGUAAACAAAAAUGUUGUCAAAUUGAUAUUUUUCUAUUGCUCUAUGUACGAGUAUUAUCUGGAUUACUUUUUAUACUAACAAACUGUUGGAGUACUUUUUAUACUCACUAAUAAAAGAGAAAAUUUU